AACCGUUGCUUUUUGCCGGCUUUUUUCUCUCCUGAAAAUCUCAAUUUUCCUGGUGAAAAUGGAAAUCUCUAUUAGUCCACAAAUGGUGGAAAAGCUCAGCCAUCCAAUUCAGGAGAUUCGCGUCCGGACACUACGGAAUUUGGAGGGAAAAUUGAGCAAAGCCCUCAUCAGUGGGAAUGAGAUUAGUUUUAGUGGAGUCGAAGUGAUUCGUGCCCUGUUACGAUGGUUCUCCCAGGAGCCCCUCUGUGAGGAAGCUUUGGCCCUCAAUGUUAUCUUCUUGGUGCUAAAUAGUAAAUACGGCCCUGAGAUUAUCAAGUACUUCACCAAAGGCUUCCUGAAGGGGGAAUUGAGUUCAAUACGAGGGAUUCUCAAGGAUGACGAGCACAGAGACAUCCUGCAGGACAUUGCGUGCGUUAUUGAGCAAUCACAGGAAGAGGGGAUUGUGCCAGUUGUCAUUGAUCUCACGGAAGAUUUGCCAGAUUUAAUGGAGAAUCUUCACGUUGAGGAGGUGCAAUUGACUCCGAGGGAGUACGUGAAGUGCUGGAGCUGCCCCAAAGCUCCUGAUUUGCAAUCCCUGAAACUCAUGCGAGAAUCCCUUCUGUCGGACAGUGAACAAGCUUCGAAGCAUGCUGUGGAGUUUCUGAGUAAUUCCCUCAAAGAUUAUCCAGCAGAGUGGAUUCUGCAGCCACCUUACCUCAUCACAACACUCCAGGAACUCCUCACAGCUCGUCAGGAUAUCGGAGAAAUUGUCCGGAAGUUCAAUGAACAGCUCAUAAAGCGAAUUUUCCUGCGCGAGUGCACAGCUCUCUAUAUGCCGCCCGAGGAAAUGUCCACGGAAGUCUCAACACAGAUUUCCGUGUCAAAGUACUGCAGGGAAACCUUUGAGAUUGUCAGCACAAUGCUGAAGGGAACAGAAGAUCAAGCCACAAUUAAUUGGUGCUUUGACAUCUUCAGCCAACUCGUGCAUCUUCUCACCAUUGAUGCGCAGAGACUUCAAACAGUUGUGGAAUUUUGCCUCCGGGAACUUGGGAUCCUGUGCAAAUUCUUCCGGAAGUGUCUGGGCUACAGAGUACGGGAUUUUGCAGCAAGGAAGCUCUAUAUAAAAGUUCUUCAGCUUAUUCUACGCCUUAGAGAUGUUCCCGGAAGUGCCGGAGAGGAAGAAAUUGUGCUUGAAGAGCUCAAUAUUGCACGAUUGGAUGUUGCCUUGAAGACAUGCUAUCCGGACAUCUACAGUGCCAUUGAGAAGGCCUGCCCCGGAGGGGAGAAGAACACUGAAGUUUUGUUAAAGUGCGAGGAACUCCUUCGUCCGGCUGUGGAUCUUCUGCGUCCCAUUGAAAAGCUUCCGGAUGCGGAGAUUCUCCUCCUUGGGGUGGAAGCUCUCCAGUCUUCAUGCAUCCACAGGAGUACACAGCUGGCUGAGACACUCCUCAAUGCCAUUGUCAGCUGUAUUCAUUUGUUUCCGGGAAAUUGUCAAUUGCGCACAGCUGGGGAGUGGAUUAUGCUUAAAUUGCUGGCUAAUCCCUGCUUGGAGAUACAACGAUGUGCCUACACGGGGGCAGCGGAGAAGAUGAAGCAUUUUGUGUCGUCACUGAUGAGUGGGGAGCAAGUGCUUGGGGGUCGUGAUACACAGAGUACCUUCCGGAAUCUCGGAAUCCCACUUACGAGGGAAAUUCUCACGGAAAUUGUGGCUUUUGGCUGCACCCACGCAGAUCCGGCAAUUCAUUCAAGUGCCGAAACGAUGCUUCUCUUCAUCCUGCGUAGUCGUGUCAUCCUGAAGGAGCAAUGGCGGCUUCUCAAGGAGAUUGUCUUCCCCAUUUUGCCACUUUUGCAGUGCUGGACGUCAAAGGCAACGCCCCUGGGGGAGGCAAUUCUCAGUACACUCCAUCCGGAUAAUGACAUAAUCACCCCAUUGGAUGGGAUACAGACAGCAGUGAGACUUCUCUUCUGCCCGGAUCCACUUGUCAGGGAUACAGCCAUCUCGUGGCUUCUCUACAUCCUCAGCUGCCUUCCUAAUUCGCCGGAAAUGCUGCCCAAUAUCUCCCAGAUUGCUGACACUGUGCCCAAUGAUAUUGCCCUGAUUGACUAUCAAAUCAACAUGGGGGCACGCUUCAAGACAACUUCCGGAUACCAUGAUGUCUCCGUGGGCAACCUCCUUACAAUUCUGGAGAGUGAUGGCGUUGAAGCAGCCGUCCGGAAGACAACUGUGAUGCAAUUGAAUCUCCUAGCGCUGAAUCCCAAUGUCAAUGAGCAGCUCUCGGAAGGUCAGGGAUGGGUCAAAGUACUCGAAGUGCUCGAUAAAUGCUUCAAAUUGGAUCAGACGCGUGAUUAUGUGGAUAUUUGCAUUCCUGCCAUUGGGGUUUUCUCAAAAAUUCUCCUUCACUCCCAGGAACUUCGGCAGGAUCUUGCAGAUGAGAUUAACAUCUACUUCAUCCUCCUCCGGGGCUUGCUAAUGUUUCAUCAUGAUGCCAAUCUCAAGGCGGAUGCUGCCACAGCGCUUUUCCUCUUGGCUUUUGCUGACUACAGCAUUGGUGCGUACAGUGUGUCCCUGCCGCAUCUAAUGAAGAAGCUACAGGUGCCUUUUGCACAGCAGAUUCACUGGAGUGAGAGCCCCCAUAGAUUUCUCUCAGAACUCAAUGAGAUCUUUGAGGAAGCCCCAUCGAGACCGCCCUCAGCACGCAUACAAGUAGAUUCAGGGACUUCAUGGCAAUUCCUACGGAUUUCCUUUGCAAAUUUAUGGUUUGGUGGCUUAGAGAAUGUCCUCACAAAUGCCCGGAACUCCAAGAAGCUAACCGAAAGUUCUGAAAGAAUAAACUACGCUCACAUAGCGCACGGGAAGGAGAUGAAAUUCAUCAAUUUCUUGCGUUUUAGUGAUAAUCUCAAGAUAACCGAAAGGGAUCUCCUGUUCAUUCAUUCCUCCCUCCCAAUGGACUCAUUCCGGUAUUUUAUUCAUCAAAUUGAGAAUGCCACAACGCAUCAGGAGGUUGCAAUGGCCAUUGCACACAUUCAAUGCAAUUUAAGCCUUCAUCCUGGGAGGAAGUUCCCCAUGGAGACUCUCGUGGACAUUGUGAAGAAGUUCUUUUUGACACCACCUACAUCUGCAGAUGAUUCUCAGCUUUUCCUUGAAGCCGUGAAGCUCAUGCGAACAGUUCUGGAGCACGAUGAAGAUGGAAAAGCAUUCGCGUGGCUCAUUCGACAGAUUAACCAGCGGAAUUCGAGCUUUAUAAGUAUCUUGAAGGCUUCCGGAACAACCUUGACGCUGCUGGAAGAGACCACUGCGCUUCUCAAGAAGGUUGUUGAGCAAAUUUACGCAUGUGGUGCAAAGGAGAAUAGCGAAAAUUGUCUGGGAGACAUUUUUUCAGCUCUCGCAAAAGCCCUCGAGGGGUGUUUUGUUCAGGGGGAGAGUAGGGAUAUGAAUCGUGGGAGAAUUCUCAUGGAUUUUAUGGCUUUCCUCGCGGACAUUGUGUCCCUGCAGGAGGAUAAAGUAAACAGGAUUAUUAGUCGACUUUUGCAGUACAUUACUUCGGUGAAAAGUCUCUGCCAAUCCGGGUCGAAGUUCCUUGUGAGUUGCUUGGUGGCCAUUCGGGGAUUUAUGGGACUAACAAAUGAGAUUCAGCUGAAGCCGAAGCAUGUGAGGCACAUGAGUGGAUUGUGCAGUCAUACGGAUAUGUGGGUGCGACAGAAUGCCUGGAUGAUUCUCUGUAGGAUGGCGGGGAGAUUUCAAGGAGCAGCAUUGCUGGUUGAUGAGCUUAAAUUCCUCCCUGGUGGCUUCCAUGCGUGCUGCAUUGGGACAGUUCUGGAUGGUCGUGAGAGUGGCUUUAUUCGUGAAUUGGCUGCGUGUUGUUUCGCUAAUCUCACAUCACAUUGUCUCCCAUUGGGUGGGAUUGCUUCUCAAGUUUCACCACGAUGCAGUGAAUCCCUCUCCAUGGGAGAUUCCUCCGCUGAGGACGCCAUUGGGCUCAUUGUGAGGAAGCAUAAUCUCGCUGGAAUAAUUACAAAGGACCUUGAACAUGCCUACAUUUGGGAUGCUGUUCCAACGUUGGAAGAUCCUGCAGAAGGGAAGCUCAUAACAAGCCCAAAUGUCAUCAAUGGCUUCUCACUUCUCCUCAAAUCCAUCAUUGACAUUGAUGCGUCCUACGUAGAUGUUCUCCUGGAGGAAAAUUGCCUUCAAACAUUCAUCAAUGUCCUCGCCAUGGUUCCUACAAAUCCCACAGAGCACACCUUCGAGAUGGCAAUGGGAAUUUGCAGACUUCUCAUUCCGUGCUUGGAGAAAAAUGAAGAAAUUCUCGCAGCGAUUGCGCAGAAUCAUGCAGCUAUAGCCACCCUUCUCUUCCUCCAGGAUGCUCAGCUGUAUUCAAAGACUGAUCCUUCCCAGAACAUGUUCAGGAUAUUCAUUAAAACUCUAACAAUCAUUGGAACUUCCCCCUUUGGGUUCAAUGUCAUAACCACAUUGGCACAGCAACAAAACCAUCAGAAAGUAUUCUCUCUUCUCAUCUUGGGACUACGCACGGAAGUCACGUUAAAUCUCCAGCUUGCAGCUUUGGAAUUUCUCGAAGUUUACCUUCAAAUGGGCCUAAAGGAGAACAAUGAGAAUUUCAUGCAGCUCAUUGAACCAACAACCGAUCAGGAGAAUGAUGAAAACAUCGAUCCCAAUGCUGCGUCCAAAGAAGAACAUUCAGAAAAGCCACCAAUAGCAAUGCAACUCUUCCGGAGAGUGGAGAAACUCUUCAGGAUGAUGUGUGCUCGUGAUAAACCCGAAAUAGCAUCAUUCAUCAUGUGCAAUGUGAAGAAACAAGCAGCAAAGGUCCUAGGACUUCUCCUCCAAUGUAGCGCAUCAGCCAGGAUUAUGGCACAAAACACAGAACUCUUCUCAUUCCUCAUGAAACGUCUCGAAGCCGUCGCCACAUUUGUGGGGGCUUCAUGUGCUGAGUAUGUUCGACGCCAUGGGGAAGGGAAGAAGAAGUAUAUAGUUGAGGAAUUGAGAAUGAUCACACAAAUACUCUGUCAGUGGUUUAAAAAGGACACACUAGAGAAGGAAGCUGAUGUAGCAGUAAUUUGCAAAGUUCUCCAAAGAUUGUGGACCUGGAGUGGAUCACAUAAAUCUCUACAGAACAACUUCUUGGUCCUACUUGUGAAUCUCAGUGAAUACUCUCAUCCCUUCUGUCGUCGUGCUGCAACUCACUCCAGCGCCAAUACGGAGACAAUCCUUGAGCUGAUGAUCAAGAAUGCAGCGAAGGAAACUAAUAAAGCAAAACAGGAAGACGUUGAUGUGAUUAAUCUUCGUAUUAUCAUGAGAUUCCUCAUAAAUUGCUGCUCCUGCAUUGAGGGACGUAUGGCGAUGACGAGACAGGGACUUUUGGAGCACAUUAGUCAAUUUCAUCCGCACGUUACGCGUUUGCAGCGUUCACACACAGCUGUUAUUGAGGAGUGGUUGACCUUCUAUGAGAUCCUCACGCGAUACCCCGAGGGGAGGGCUGCAAAGUACCUCACAGUCCUCACGGCACUCAUUCAGCAGAGUAGUGUGGGAAUUAGGAGGAAGGCAGUUGAGAUUUUGCGAAAUUUCGCCAUGGAUUCUGCUAAUACAGCUGCUCUACUCUCUUCAGAAGAUUUCAUGAGAACUGUGAAGAUGAUUCUCGAUGGGAGUGAUAGGGAAGAUCAGCUCAAUGCUACAGUAGCCAUUUGGUCGAUGAUUGCAAACAAUACGCGUGCAAAGAAUGCCAUAAAGAGCACGUCAAUUCCUGGGAAAUUGCAAGCAAUUCAGAAUAAUCUCAUCCUAGCAGGACACACUGAAGGGAACCACCUGUAUUCAUCGAUGGAGAAUAUUUCUAAAAUUUUAAUGGUUUAAUUCAAAAUCUUUUCAUUUUAGCGUCAAAAAUUGUAGAGUUUUAAUUUUAUUUAAUGCUUUGAAGCAUAUUUCUUGAUUAAAAAAAUUAUAAAAGAAUAAAACUAAUCAGUGAUAAAAGGGUAAAAAGCAGCACAUCGUCAACAGCAACAACAAAAGAAGGAUGCAAAUGAAAGGUCAUCACAGUGCCAUGAACAAAAAUAAUGUGAGUCGCUUUUAAAUUAAAUUAAAUUAAUUAUUUUAAUUUUUA